UGAAGCAAGAAAACUGAAACUAGUGAUCUGAGUCUAAGCUGACUAGUCCACUACAGGAAGAACAAUCAUGAGCUGGUUUGGGGAUCCAAUAAUCACUAUGUCAAUCUCUUUGUGUGUGUUUUUUAUCUUAGGACUCAUCAAGAUCUUCCAUAAACUAUGGUGGACUCCUACUCGCCUACAAAGACUGAUGGCUUCUCAGGGAAUCAACGGCCCUCCUUACAGAUUAUUCCAUGGAAACAACAAGGAGGUCUCCUACUUCCGGAAGGAAGCCACGAGCAGGCCCAACGGUUUAUCACAUGAUGCUUUUCGUGCAAUUUUUCCUCAUGUGCACUCAUGGAUCAAGAUUUAUGGGAGGAAUUGUGUACAAUGGGAUGGCCCUGAACCUUUGUUAAUCAUUACGGAGCCUGAGUUGUGCAAAGAGAUACUGAACAACAAAGAUAACAUGUUUCCGAAAAGCAAACUCCACGGCUAUCUUAGGAAGCCAUUGGGAGAUGGCCUUGUUACAACACCAGAUGGUGAAAAAUGGGCUAAACUGCGAAAACUGGCUAACAAUACCUUCCAUGGAGAAAGCUUAAAAUGUAUGAUUCCAGCAAUGGUAGCUAGUACUGAAACAAUGCUAGAAGGGUGGAAAAAUCAUGAAGGGAAAGAGAUUGAGGUGUUUGAAGAGUUCAGGCUGUUGACUUCGGAUGUCAUUUCUAGGACUGCAUUUGGUAGCAGCUACUUAGAAGGGAAGAACAUUUUUGACAUGCUGUUUAAAAUAUCAUGCUUAUCAAUGAAAUUUGCUUCCUCUAAACCCAUAAUUCCGGGUUUCAGUAAAUUUCUUAAAUCUAGUGGUGAGAGUGAACUAGAGAAGCUUGAGAAAGUAAUACAGGAAUCCAUCAUGGGGAUUAUUAAAGCAAGAGAAAGAAAAGCCAUGAAUGGAGAAGAAGAUGGAUUUGGGAGGGACUUUCUUGGAUUACUUUUAAACGCUCACCGUGAUAUGAAUGACAACCAGAGGAUUUCAGUGGACGAUGUGGUUGAUGAGUGCAAGACGUUAUACUUAGCCGGACACGAAAGCACUGCUACUUUGAUUACUUGGACUGUCUUUCUUUUAGCGCACCAUAUGGAUUGGCAGGAGGAAGCAAGGAAGGAAGUCCUGCAAUUAUUUGGUAAACAAACGCCAAAUGCUGACGGCAUUGCUGAAUUAAAAACUAUGAGUAUGAUCAUUAAUGAGUCUCUGAGGUUAUAUGCUCCUGCUCUUUCCAUUGUUACAAGGAAAGUUAAAAAGGAAGUUAGAUUGGGGAAGUAUAGUCUUCCUGCUAAUCUGGAAUUGACCAUCCCAUUUCUGGCAGUUCAUUAUGAUCCUCAAAUCUGGGGACAAGAUGCUCAACUUUUCAAACCAGAGCGGUUCUCAGAAGGGAUUGCUAAAGCUACCAAUGACAACCUAGGUGCAUUCUUACCGUUUGGUUUAGGACCCCGAAUAUGUGCGGGCUUUAACUUUGCAACCACUGAAGCAAAGAUUGCUUUGUCAAUGAUUCUACAGCGCUACUCCUUUACUCUUUCCCCGGCUUAUGUUCACUCACCCUCUCAGUUCCUAACAAUUCGUCCACAACAUGGAGUUCAAGUGAUUCUACAUUCACUGAGUUGAGAUCAGUUUCAGCAUUCAAGUAACCUCUCAAGUUUCAACAUUCAUGUUUUGGGUUUGCUUCAAGUUUUUCUCUUGGACUAUUAUGACUGCUUUCUCAAUGCUGAAUAAACUUUGCAGUUGGACUUAAGCUAUGUAUGUAAUCUGUAUGUGCAGAAAUGUGUUAUUUGAACCCACAGCUGUUUAACC